AUGGGCAUUGGCUCGUCAGCGGACAUGUCAGUGCCCCCUGGGGGACACACCAUCAUCUUGAUGGACCCGGAGGAGUGCAUCCAAACGAAGCCAUCGUUGACAAUGACUCAGAAGCCGCAUUGCUUGUCCAUCAGCGAUGCCCAAUGGAACGGGUGGAUCGGACAGUUGUCCAGGAUUGUCAGCUCAUAUUGGAAUGAGCUGCUUCCUCUGGCGCCUGCUCCCAUCGGAAUGCUGGCGGUCUGUGGCACUUUUGGAGCCGGGAUGGCUGGCGUGGAAGUCCCUUUCUAUGCCGUGUUACCCGUGCUUUUGGUCAUCUUCGUCGCCGUUCUUGGGGGCAGACUCGCGGUGGUCACCAAGAACCAGGCUUUGGACGCAGAGAUCCAUAACCUAUGUGGCUUAGAUGCAGGGGAGGCAGAGGAUGUAGCAUGA